AUGCAUGCUAGUCAAAAAUUUCAAGGUGCUAAACCACCUCGUAUUCCAACUCGAUCUGGUAUUGUUCAACAACCAACACAAGUUGCACCAAUUAAACGUUUAGCAAAUAAUACACCAGUAACAAAAACAAGAGCUUCAACUAUCGUUAAAUCACAAUCUGCAUACAAUAUACCAAGAACAUCUACUGUAACAGUCACUGCUCCAGUUGUUUCACAAAUGAAAAAAUCAAUCAGUGAACAAGAUCUUGUUAAUGUUGUACCUCGCACACAAAAAUCUCGAUUUGGUUUUGUUAAAAAAUCUGUUGAUUUAGCUGCUGUUCGAGAAGAUCCACCACAUGUAUCACCAGUAAAACCUGCUGCUUCAUCACGUAUUAGUGGUGCUUGGAAAAAAAAUGGUGAUGAUCUAGUUGAUGAACGUGAUCGACGUGAACUUAUUCUUACUCAAAAUGAACUUCUACAAAUCGUCUUUACCAAUCAAUUAUUUAAUGAAAUCAUUCAAUCAAAUCGACAACUUCAAACAGCUCGUUUCGGUAAAUUACAUCGUGCUGCAUAUCGAAUAAUUAAUGAUAUUAAUAAUUUACAAGAAACAAGAAAAAAAGCUGUUGUAGAUAAAAUUGUUGGAAAUAUUAUUAAAACAUUGGGUGAAACAUUAAGUAAAAUUGUUCGUUUAUUUAAUGAUUACGAUCAAAAACAACAAACACUUGAUAUUUGUCUUUCAAAUAAACUUGAUCGACUUCAUAUUCAAUCCGUAGUAAAUGAUAUAACAGAUGAAAAUAAAGAAAAUUGGAAUCGUACAUGUGAUCGUCUUAUUGAACUGAUUGAAGCAAAUGAAUUAGCACAAAUGAAUACAAUGGAUUUAGAAACUUAUUCAAAAUUAAUACAUGAACUUGAUUCAACUAUUGAUUCAUAUAAACAUACAAUUUCAAAUCACAAACAUGUAAUAUCCGCAAGUGAAAAAGCUAUGUUACAAUUCAAUAAUAAUAUUACAUCAAAACGUUUUCGUUCUGAGAAUUCUUCUAUAGAUUAUCAUUCUACUUUAUCCGACAAUCUUCUUUCUUGUCCUUUUUGUACAUUUAAUACAAAUUCUCAAGUUGAUUUUGAUUUUCAUAAUCAUAUUCAUCAUCAACAUAUAUGUUCUCAAUGUUUACAUGUAUUUCCUAAUUAUUUUCUUUUGGAUCUUCAUAUGGAUGAAGUACAUAAUACUUAUUCAAGAAUUCGAUCAUAUCGUUGUUUGAUUGAAUCAUGUUCAAAAAUAUUUUCUAAUAUUGAACAACGUUUUCAACAUAUCAAUGAUGAACAUCAUUCUACAAAAAAUCGUCAUUUAAAUGAUAUAUUUAUUUUAUUUUCAAAUCAAAAAAUGAAUGAAAUGAAAAACAAAGAACAAGACAAAAAAUUUGGUUGUGAUAGUCAAAAAACAUUUAUACGUAAUUCACGAUUACGGCCACGACAAUUUAUUGAAAUGAAUUGGGACGGUGAUGAAUAA